AUGAAAGGAUUGAAAGAUCUUCACUACCGUGAAACAGAAGCCAAAGUGGGUAUUGGAGAGUGGAAGGGUUGUAUCAAGCAGAAGUCGGGUAGAAAGACGAAAGACAGAGCCGAAAUUGCUAGGAUUCGAGCUGUCCCAGUUGAAGAGAGGAAGCCGUACCGGAGGCAUGCCGACGCGGCUGGCAUCUCUAAGCAUCUAGUACAAGCGCUGAUCCGUGAGGGUGUCCUCAAGGUGCAUUCCACUCGCAUUAAGCCAUACCUAUCGGGCGACAACAAGCAUCGACGUAUUGAACAUGCGCCCACAUUCAUCGGUCCCACGACGCUCAUGUUUGAGCCCAUGUAUGACAUAGUGCACGUUGAUGAGAAGUGGUUUCACGAAGACGACAAUACACGCUCGUGCUUUAUAUUUGACGGCGAAACCGCUCUGCAGCGUAGCAGAUGGGAAUCACACAGGAAACAACAAUGGGACGGCUCUCCAGCUUAA